AUGCGUCUCAAGUCAGAACCGUCUUGUGCUGUGAGUUUUGUGAGCCUGCUGGAUGCCAAGAUCGGGGAUCAUGUUUUCCAGCACUUCACUGAUCAGCCUGCCGAGGCAUUGGAUGAUAUUCGAUGGGAUGAACCAAAGAGAAAGAAGACGCCUCUGCCGCAGCUGGCAGAGGAAUUCACGCGCGCAUUUCAGCGAACUCAGUGGGGAGUGAAUGGACAAGUAGAACCCCGAUUCUUUGCUGACAGCUUUGUUUUCCGUGAUCCAGACGUGACCACGAAUGGCAUUCGUGAGUACGCGAAGGGAACUGGCACGGUGCUGUCAGGCUGCAAGGCUGAUGCAGUUGACGUUCAGGUCGUGGAGCCUGACAGGUUUGCAAUUCGAUGGCGCAUCGAAGGAACCGCUAACGUGCCCUUCCCCGGUCUCAAGAUCAAGCCAUACAUUGUCACCAGCACUUUCACUGUCAAUGCCGACGGCCUCGUCGACUCAGAAACUGAUGCGUUCUCCAUCCCGACAUGGGACAUCCUGCUUUCGGCCCUGACUCCGGGACUACCAUUCCUGGCGCCGCCAGAGCCUCCCGUAGUAUCGCCCUUCGCCUAG